CUGCUUUCUUAUGUUGCGUGUGUGAGAGGCAGGGAGAGAGGGAAAGAGGGAGAGGAAGGUGAGAAGAGAUGGCCUGCCUUCACGAUCACAACUGCGAGGACCACGAUUGUUCUUCCGAUUGGUCUCUCUACAAGCACAUAGACCUUCCUAAGGUGUCAGCUCUGAAUGAGGCCAUUUCAGGAAGUGUAAAGUCAGUUUUUAAAGCUUGGGAGCAACGUCUGGAUUCCUCUGGGCAGGGCUAUUUGGAAAGCAAUGAAGGUGACCCGGAGUUACUUGUUUUUAUCCCGUUUACUUCCGAUGUGAAGAUUAAGAGUAUUUCGGUUGUUGGAGGUGCUGAUGGAACAAGUCCUUCAAAAAUGAGAGCGUUCAUUAAUCGAGAUGGUAUCGACUUCUCUGAUGCUCAGACUAUGCAACCCAUUCAGGAGUGGGACUUGGUAGAAAAUUUUCAAGGAGUGUUGGAAUACCAAACAAGAUAUGCUAGAUUUCAAGGUGUCGGCAAUCUCACUUUGCAUUUCCCUGACAAUCAUGGUGCUGAGACAACUCAGAUACACUAUAUUGGCUUACGGGGUGAAGCCACUCAGUUGAAGAGGGAUGUUGUUGCAACAAUUGUUUAUGAACUUAUGCCGAACCCAUCAGAUCACAAGACGCGGGCUGAGAGUGGCGGGGGUCUUUCGCAUGUGGAGUGAACAGUGAAUAAUUGGCAACUGUGCUUCCCGUUGGGAAAAGGCUCGGGUUCUUCUCUGAUGUAAUUUCUUAGGAUGUAGAAUCAAAAAAUCUAUCCUUGACUUGUUAACAUUUUAUGUCAUUAUUUUUUUAAAUUCCAUGGAAUCUAAACAUUAUGGUGAUGUUGAUGAUGAUAAAGAAAGAUGAUCAAAAGGAGUU